CUUUCGGGUCCUUUUUGGCCUGAGCCUCCGCUAGCCUCCUGAUAGAAACUGGCCGCAGAAGAAAAUCAAAUCUAAAUUAAGUCACUUUUUUUUAAAGUUUUUUCUUUUUGAUCAGUUUUAAAGGGUGAAAAUGGGCGGCAGAACAAGCGCGAUAGCUGCGGGGCUGUGCGGGGCGCUGUUCGUUGGCUACUGCGUUUAUUUUGACAGGAAAAGACGGAGUGACCCCGACUUCAAGAACAGGCUGCGGGAACGUAGAAAAACUCAGAAGGCAGCCAAAGAGAGAGCAGGACUGGCCAAGCUCCCAGACCUGAAGGAUGCAGAGGCAGUGCAGAAGUUCUUCCUGGAGGAGAUCCAGUUGGGAGAGGAGCUCCUUGCUCAGGGAGACUAUGAGAAAGGUGUGGACCACCUGACCAACGCCAUCGCCGUGUGUGGUCAACCUCAGCAGCUUCUGCAGGUGCUGCAGCAGACUCUGCCUCCACCUGUCUUCCAGAUGCUGCUCACCAAACUGCCCACCAUCAGCCAGCGCAUCGUCAGCGCCCAGAGUCUGACUGAAGACGAUCUGGAAUGAGGAGCAGAGAAGAAACUACCUGUGUUCAUGGAUCCUGAUCCGCCUACACACACACACACACACACACACACACACACACCCA